AUUGGAUCGCUGAACGAGGAAAGCGUCUCUGACACGAACACUACGUCACAGAUAUCACAACCAGACCCAAACAAGGCAUCACAUUUAACUACACAGUCACAGUCACAGUCACAGCUGGUAGACGCGCACAACCCACCGACACCAACGAACGCCAUAGGACACAUGGGCACAGUGGAGGUCAGUCUACAGCCACCCACACCCAGACACGAGGACGAGGGUGGAGGGUGAGCCACAAGACAGUCCCUUCAGGACGCAUAUGCGCAAUGGUGUGUGUGUCCUGCUUUACUGCGUUUAGCCUGGUGGUAGCAUUCCCUGUGGAUUAGGUUGCUCCUAGGCUCGCUGUGGGUCCGUUGUCUGUUCACCGUCAACUCAGCGCAUCACCAACAGAGGCAACUGCACCCGUACACGCCAGUUGUGCUGUUGUAGUCACUGCCCAUAUACUCAGCCGCGAAUGCAUCCUUCAGGAACCUUAACCCCAAUCCCUUAACUGACUCAGACACACUUUACCGUUCUGCGGUGGGGGUUUGCUGUUGAGCUAUAUCUUGCAAUGUAGCAGUUGAGUAGGGUUUUAGUG